AUGGAGCACAAGACGAACGAGAUCAACCGCAUCCCCUACAUGGAGCACAAGACCAACGAGAUCAACCGCAAUAUGACUGCAACCCUACAUGGAGCACACGACCAACGAGAUCAACCCAUCCCCUACAUGGAGCACAAGACCAUCGAGAACAACCGCAAUAUGACUGCAACCCUACAUGGAGCACAAGACCAACAAGAUCAACCCAUCCCCUACAUGGAGCACAAGACCAGCGAGAUCAAUUCUCCGCAUUCCCUACAUGGAGCACAAGACGAACGAGAUCAACCGCAUCCCCUACAUGGAGAGAGUGCUCCAUUGAAAGGUGGUCGCGGCCAUGCUAGUCUUGUGCUCAAAUGUAAACUGUGUUCAAGGGAAAACUCCAUAGAUAUCUUGCCAGACAGCAUCUCUUCAUAUAAUGCUGAGGACUCCAACCAGUUCGAGACUGUUGUCGUGUUUGACUGCCGAGGGGUAGAACCAGUGGACUUUUACCCAAGGGUUGGCUUCACAGCUGAGGGGGAGGAGACUGGCACACCGUACCCAGAGGUGUCAUUGACCGAGGGGGAGUGGGUAGAUUAUGAUGAGAAGAAAGGAGAAUCAGUUGGCAUCUAUGAGAUAGAACAAAAAUUUGUAUGUGUGAAAUAA